AUGGUCCGCCUGUUGCGGUUAACUGCAGAAGGGCUUCGGACCCACUCAGGUGCACUACUUCACUCUGACACUGAUGAAAAGGUAGCCCUCCUAGUCUCUUUGCGGUGCGCCGCGCCAAUAUCUUCUUCGACGACGUUGCCCUUUAGGCCGCUCGCAAGACCGAAGAAACCUCGCCCCCGUCGCUCUCGCGCGCGCGCUGCGGCCGCCGCUCUACUACUACCGCCGCUACUACUACCGCACGAAGAAGAGAAGGAGGAAGAAGAAGAAGAGGAGGAGCGCACAGCCCGCAUGGCCUCCUACGAGAACGACUUUAGUAGAGACGAUAGCCCUGCUCCGCUGCAAGACAGCGACGACGACCUGCCCGCUACUCCUGCUGCUGCUCCUGCUCCUGCUGCUGCCGCUGCCGCUACUCCCUCUGCCCGCGGCGACAAGUUCCGGUUCACCCAAGCACGGCCUCGACUAGAGCAAAGCGCGCACGAGAAGAAGACGUCUAUCGAGCAAGAUAAACAAGGCGAGCUUGGAGAAGAUGCUAAAGCUGAGGAUAAUCAAGACCUUGCUAUGCUAGGAGCGGACGACAACGAUGGCGAGGAUCAAGAUGUUCCCGGCGCUGCUGCUACACCUGGCGCAGUCGCUCAAACUGGCACUCAAGCACAAGGCACUCAAGCACAAGGCACUUAA